AUGGUGGUAAGGCGAUAUAUGCUGGUGGUACCUCUAUUCUCGUUGUUGGCAUUAACGGCGAUAUAUUACAGAUGGGAAACUAGUAUGGUUUAUGUUCAGAGAAUGCUAAAUCAAGAUAAUACAGCAAAAGAAUACAGCAGAUGUGAGCCAAAAGUUAAUUUUAUAUUUGUUAAGACAGCAAAGACAGGUGGCAGCACUGUUGCAAGCAUUCUCUACAGAUAUGGAUUUCAGCACAAUCUGACUGCUGCGCUCCCUGAUCCUCCAUCUGAUGUAUUUCUCCGAAUUCGAGAUUCAGAAGUCUUAGCUACUAAUUAUAACUGUACGAAGCCAUUUCCCGGAUAUAAUUACAUUUCGAACCACAUUGGAAACUAUAACUACAGCGUAUUAAAUAAUUUUAUUCCAAAUGCCAAGUUCAUCACCAUUGUUCGUUCCCCAUAUCGUCAGUUUGAAUCAUAUUUCUAUUACUUCAAACUACACGUCCGCCAUGGUCUCCAAAACAGCAGCAAUCCAUUCGAAACAUUUCUUACAGAUGAAAGUUACAAAAAUAAAGCGAAACGUGCAGUGAGGUAUCGACAACUACACUGGUUAGGAUACCACGUUGAAAAUAAUGGCAAUUACACCAAUUUCAAAAGUACACUAAAAGAACUAGAUAAACAAUUCGCCCUCGUGAUGAUUACAGAAUACAUGGACGAAUCAUUGGUUCUCUUGAAAAAGAUGAUGUGCUGGACAAUAGAUGAUGUAAUGUACUAUUCACAAAAAGUAGCUGCUAGAAAGAAACUGAACAUAACGAAAGAUAUGGAAAAUGUACUCGCCGCGGGAAUGGUAGAAGACAUACGAAUGUAUAAUUAUUUCAAUCGAACACUUUGGGAUAAAAUUGACAAAUAUGAUGGAAACUUCACUGAAGAUUUGCGGUUAUAUCGUGCUGCCAAAUCUGCAGUAUGUCGAGACAAGGAAGACACCGAGUUUUGUACAAAUAUCCGCAGGGGUCCUGCGAUGUACAAGAAACAAAUUGCAAAAAUUCAAUUUAACAGGUUCUGUCAAAAUUAA